AUUCACAUGUCGCUGGGCGUGAAACGCACGCAGUCGAAACAAAACUAAGUAAAAACAUACGAGCGAGGGAAAGUGAAUUCGAGUGCGUCUCUCGGGCGCAGUGGUAAAAUGUUAUGGCACUUUUGCAUCGCACCGCUACAGCGUGACUAACAAACUAACAAUCAACCGAACGCACAAAAUAACAAUGCGGUGCUAAAAAUGCGUCAAUCUAACAAAGCUAAAAGUUAUGACAAAGCAGCCAUUGAAUAAAACACCGCCAACAACAAGGACGACGAGCACGACGAGGACGAGGACGAGAAGGACGACUACGACGACGCCGACGACGCCGACGCCGAGUAGAUAUUUAACAACAGCCCGCUGCCAAUAUGCCUUCUUUCGGGCGCCUAAGUCUGUGGUAUAGUUUUUUGCUAUAUGUGCUUGGCGCACAACUACCACUGGCCCGCUGCAAGCGAAAAGAGAUGCUCGCCGGCCGUUUAGAGAAUGUAACACAAACUAUCUCAAAAAUACUACAGGGCUACGACAUUCGUCUGAGGCCCAACUUUGGUGGCGAGCCACUCCAUGUGGGCAUGGAUUUGACCAUUGCCAGCUUUGAUGCCAUUUCAGAGGUUAAUAUGGACUACACAAUAACAAUGUAUUUGAACCAGUAUUGGCGUGACGAGCGUCUGGCUUUCAACGUUUACGGCCCAUACUAUGAUGCCGAUGCGGAAGAUGAUGGUGUAAGCGAUGUGCUCACACUAUCGGGAGAUUUUGCUGAAAAAAUCUGGGUGCCCGAUACGUUCUUUGCAAACGACAAGAACAGCUUCCUGCACGAUGUUACCGAGCGAAAUAAGCUGGUUAGACUUGGAGGCGAUGGCGCUGUCACAUAUGGGAUGCGCUUCACCACCACACUUGCUUGCAUGAUGGAUUUGCAUUAUUACCCACUGGACUCGCAGAAUUGCACAGUGGAAAUUGAAAGCUAUGGCUACACAGUUAGUGACGUGGUCAUGUACUGGAAACCGACGCCAGUGCGCGGCGUGGAAGAUGCCGAAUUACCGCAGUUCACGAUCAUUGGCUAUGAGACGAACGAUCGCAAGGAGCGUCUGGCCACCGGCGUCUAUCAGCGUCUCUCGCUAUCAUUUAAGCUGCAACGGAACAUCGGCUAUUUCGUCUUCCAAACGUAUCUGCCCAGCAUUCUUAUUGUAAUGCUGUCGUGGGUCUCGUUCUGGAUUAAUCAUGAGGCGACUAGCGCGCGUGUCGCCCUCGGCAUCACCACUGUGCUGACAAUGACCACGAUCAGCACGGGUGUACGCAGUUCCUUACCCCGCAUCUCCUACGUAAAGGCAAUCGACAUCUACCUGGUCAUGUGUUUUGUGUUCGUCUUUGCCGCCCUCCUCGAAUAUGCGGCCGUCAACUAUACGUAUUGGGGAAAGCGGGCCAAGAAGAAGAUUAAAAAACUAAAGGAUUGUGAUCGACGCAAAUUAGGCAAAAGUGAAAAAUCCGAAACGUGUUCAACCACAGAAGACAUCAUAGAGCUGCAGGAUGUACGCAUGAGUCCUAUACCUUCAUUGCGCAAAGGUAAUUACAAUGCGACUCUGGGCUCCAUCGGCACAGAGACGAUGGACUUGGCCAAGUUCCCCCCCUCGUUCCGCAUCACACGAAACUACGGCACUGGUCGCAGCCAGCUUCGCCAUCGUGGACAGCGGGGUAUUGCGGGCCGUCCGCGCGUCUUGCAUGCCCUGAAGAAGGGUGCCUCGGCCCUAAAGGCGACCAUACCAAAGAUCAAAGAUGUAAACAUCAUCGACAAAUACUCACGCAUGAUAUUCCCCAUCAGCUUCUUCGCCUUCAAUCUCGGCUACUGGCUCUUCUAUAUUUUGGAAUGAUAGCGGCUGCCCAUACUACACGCCCCCACGUAGUGUGUAGUCUAAUUCAGAAACCCACACCUAAGCUCCACCCAAGCAUGGGGAUUUCCAUAAACAAAUGAACAAUUGUUGGCCCAAUUAUAGGAGUAUACAACCAAAAUCAAAUCCAAAACCAGAAACAACCUGCAAAAUACGUUGCAAAAUAAGAUAUUUGCAAAUGCAAAUAUUUGAAAUGUACCAGAGACGAUCAAACUGACCGCAUCUGCCCCACCCUAACUAGC